AUGGCAGAAGCCACCCCCAAACCGUUCAAAUACCCUUUCAUCAACUCAUCAGAACGUCAAAUCAGACUCAUUCACAUACAACCCGGCGAGGGUAAUGACAUGAUUUGGUGCACUCUAGAGACGGUCAGCCUCGAGGACAAGCCUCGAUAUGAAGCUCUAUCUUACGAAUGGGGAAAACCAGAUACGACAGGCCGGCAAAUUCGUAUUGGUAAUAACGUUUUCGCAGUGCGAGAAAACUUGUAUUGGGCCUUAUGUCGCCUUCGACGGGAAGUUGGACCGCGUACUUUCUGGGUCGAUGCCUUAUGCAUCAAUCAAGAAGACACUAAGGAAAGAAAUCACCAAGUUGCGCAGAUGGGUAAUAUUUACUCUCAGGCUUUCAGAGUCGUUGCUUGGAUUGGAGAACCACGGGAAAAGCAUCUCUAUCGCGACAGGACUGCCAAGGCUAUUGGGUUUAUAUAUAAGUUAAGCAACGCUUCAAUGGAUGAAUACCCACCUUACCUAAAAUACGAUGGCAGGGUCAGACGGAAUACAGUACACGAGAUCGAGUGGAAGGCGCUUUGUAAACUUUGUAUGAAAGGAUACUGGUAUCGUCUUUGGAUUGUCCAAGAGUUAGUGCUCGCUUCCGACUUGGAGGUGCAAUAUGGCGCUUUAAUAUUUCCUUGGCAGAUCUUCAAAAAGAUUUUCCGACAUCUAAGAGGAUACUGGGGACUUGGGCAAAGUCCGCUCAUAGACAGGAUUGUUGACUCGCUUCCUUGCAAGAUCGACGAGCGUCGAAACGGUCGUCUCCGAACACCUAAAGAUCCAAGCCAAGGCUCUCUGUUGUUGGACUUGUUAGGACAAUUCUCUCGCUCUUCUUGUCUGGAUAUAAGAGACAGAGUUUUCGGGCUAUUGAACUUAUCUCGAGCCUGUUGCAGAAGAGCCGUACCAGUUGACUACUCUAUGACCAUCUUGGAAAUAUGUGUGCAGAUACUCGAGCACCAUCUGGUCGGGCAUGAUAGUAAAAAUGGAGGAGAAAAUGUAGCUGCGGUUCACACAAUCCUGCGAGUCUUCGAAUUAGAAGUCCAUGCACCGGUGGAAACAAGUCAGGUCUAUCGUGACUUCAGUUUUUGUGGUUUUAUUCCGAGGCGUGUGGGGAAGCUUCCCCUUCACGUGACUCAUUGCGGAAAGAUUGUCUUUAUCAGGCCUUUGAAAAGUCUUGUGAUACCCUAUACCCAACGCGGCGAUUUGGGGAACGUUGGUUCAGUAGUGCCACCUUCGAAGGCGGUUCAGAUAUCCUCGCUACUAUCUUUUGACGCGUUCGGAUCGUUUAUAAACGCCGAACAUGGGAUCUGUUAUCUCAAUCCAAGGUCUGAUCACACUUGCAACAGCAUCACUAGCUCGAAAACCCGUCUUGACGAGUCAAAGAUUACUAUAACCUUUCGCCUUUACCUAGCAUGGUUUCACUUCAGAAUAGUAACCAAGAGGAUGGUAUCACAACUAAUUGCAAUAUUACCGAUGUACAUACAAGAUUGUCUCCGAUCCCUGAAAUCAGUAGCAGCGUACAUUGGAGACGGUCAACAAUUCCCGGAAAAUGCGUCUCAUUUCGCAAACAGCGAAGAAAAGUUCUGGACAUAUAUCCGACAUCAACAUCGCAACAUUUGGCGGCAAGAUCCACAAACAUUCGUUGAGCAGCACCAAGAGACCCUCGAUCGUAUUUCGAAAUGGAAAGACUUGGACCUUCACAUCUUUCUCACAUCAACCGGAAUUCUAGGAACCGCUACAAGAAAUGUCAAGCUAAGAGAUAGGGUAUAUAAAACUCGGCACGGUGACAGAAGGCUCGCGAUUUUGUCCAGGGUUUCAGACUUUACGCAGGUUUCGGGGAAAGGAUUGGAGAUUAUAUCGGAUGUUUCGUUUCCCGAUAUGUACAAAGAAAACGGCGGGAUGAAGUCUCUAGAGGUUGAUAUGGCUACUCUGCUUUUUCUUUCCGGAUAUUUUUGA